UCUCUCUCUCUCUCUCUCUCUCACACUUUUCAAAAUUCAAACCCUAAUUUCCAUCGGCGAUUUGAGAUUGUUUCUGAUUGAACGAAGAUCUCGGCGGCUCGAUUUUCAAAGUCUCUCAGGUUUGCUAUUGCAAUUAGAUUUAGAUUUAGAAUUUCUUUAGCUAUGAUCGCACCGACUUUUGUAAUGAUCGUAUCUAUUCUCAGCCUUAGACAAUGUUACCAAAGUAAUUUACUUUCUCUAGGGUUUGCCGAUGGAUCGGCGAUUAGGUUUUGGGAAGUUUGUAUUUUGUUAUGUAUUUGAUAAGGGAUUUUCGAAUAAUUGGAUUGUUUUUUCCAUAAGCUGUUAUUGCCAAAUCAGAAUUUCAAGAUUCUUCGGCUUCUCUAGGGUUAGAAUUUUCUUGAUUGCAGUAGGGUUUUUGAUUUGGAAGAUUUUCUUCCAUGGAAGAAAGAGAUUGGUUUUUGUUUUUGGCUGCUUCACUUUGUGGAAGGCUUUAUUCAUUGGUUUCCUAUUCCUAUUAUUUGUGGGUGUUUAUAGUAUGGAGAUUAAAACUGCAAGAAGAGGGCCACAGGGAAAAGAAAGUUCUGUUUUUGAUCGAUUAGGAGCAGGACGAGGAGGGCAUUUAAACAACAGCAGCAACAAGAUAUGCAAAUUUUGGCUCAGUGGUAGAUGCCUUAAAAACCCAUGUAGGUUUGCCCAUUCAGAAACACCUGAUGUGGCCACCAUUCACUGUCCCAGGCAGACUCCUUACUACCCUCACUCCAGCAACGCCUUAGUUUCGAAUACUUGGCGAAGGGCUCCUAGGAUUUCACAAAAUGUUCAGGAGAAGGUUGUUAACCACAAGUCUUCCGAAAAUGUUCCUGGGAAGUCUAAAACAGACUUGGAAGAUAUUAAAAAGAAGUCGCCAGAAAGCAUUUCUGAGAGUUCUUCAGAAUGUUCUGUUGUUGAAAAUGAUUCUAAUCUGGAGAAUGUGGUUGAAGAAAAGCCUCUGGAGCAUGUUCCUAAGAAAACCGCAGAAAGGGUUUGUGAGUUUUGGGUGCAAGGGACGUGUGUCUAUGGUGAUCAGUGCCCUUACCUACACUCAUGGUUUCGUGGGGAUAAGUUCAAAAGGUUGGCAGAGCUUCAAGGGCACAACAAGGCAGUCAGCGGAAUUGCACUUCCUCUAAGAUGCAACAAGCUUUGUUCAGGUAGCAGUGACGGAACAAUUCGGCUUUGGGACUGCCAUACUGGUCAAUGUGCUAAUGUGAUUAACCUUGGUAGCGAAGUUGGAUCUGUUUGUAGUGAGGGCCCAUGGCUCUUUGUUGGCCUGCCAAAUGUUGUGAAGGUGUGGAAUACUGAAUCAGGUGCUGAAUACAGUCUCAAUGGACCUGUUGGGCAAGUCAAUGCAUUGGAAUCUGUUAAUGAUUUGCUUUUUGCUGGGGUAGAGGACGGUGUUAUUUUGGCAUGGAAAGGCACUUGCGAAAGUAAUCUUACAUUUCAACUUGCUGCAAGUCUUAAAGGCCACACACAUGGUAUAACAUGUUUAGUUGUUGGAGGAGGCAACAGGCUGUACUCAGGUUCCAAGGACCAUACAAUAAGGGUUUGGGAUCAUGAAAAUUGGCAGUGUAUUAUGACACUGAAUGGGCAUGAUGAUGUUGUGAAGUCUCUCAUGUGCUGGGAUAAGUAUUUGCUCUCUGGUUCAUUGGAUUGCACGAUAAAAGUUUGGGCUUCUACUGAGGAUGGCAGCUUGGAAGUAAUCUAUACUCACAGUGAAGAACAAGGUAUUCUUGCACUUUCUGGGAUGACCGAUCCGGAUGUUAAACCAAUCCUGUGUUGCUCUUGUAGUGAUAAAUCUGUCCACCUCUAUGAACUGCCAACAUUCGCUGACAGGGGCAGAGUAUUUGCUAAACAAGAAGUCCAGACUCUUCAAAUAGGUCCUGGGGGCCUCUUUUUUACUGGGGAUCAGACUGGUUUGCUGACAGUGUAUACAUGGCUAGCAGACUAAUGGUUGAGACGUGCCCAAGACUAAGACUAGUAAAGCAAUGUUUUAUUAGUUGUUGUGGCAAACAGUGUACAGUAUUUUGAGUACAUUUUCCACUGUACAGUAUUUUGAGUUUAGAAAUUCUUGUUAUUAUGAACACUGAGGAUAAAGCAAUGUAAUGUUGUUACUACAUAAUGAAAAUAAAUAUAGCUACAUACCCUAAGGUAAAGACUUUGGUUUA